CUAAACAAUCGCAUGCUUUGUCAUCAUCAAAUAUCAUCUUCGCUUCAAACGCAAAUGCUCUAUAUGUUGAAAAUACUUCACAAUAUGCUUCUAAUAGUAUGCGUGUUCACCAUAUAGAUGGAAUUGGUGCUGUUAAUCAAAUGAAGAUUAGUAAAUAUGAUCUUGUCUUCAUGGAAAUUGUUUUACCAAAGUUGGAUGACAUUUCGACAGCUCUACACCAAUUAUUAGCAUCGCACCAAGAUUGUAGUUUUUAUCUUUCACAUGGAAUAAAUGAUGUUCUUGCCAAGCCAUUCAGUAAAUCAAUAUUUCUUAAGAUGUUAGAAAAUUAUUGUUCAUAUCUUGUUAUGCCAAAAUUCCAGAGUAUUCCAAGACCAUUUGGUGUCUCCGAUAUAUCAAAAUCAGCUUCUAAUAGUGAUAUGUUUUCUCACUCUUCAGAUACAUUGGUUAUGAACAAUCUAGCUAAUGCAUCUUCAAGUACUAGUUCUUUUAUACUUACUAUUAAUAUACCAAACAUACCAACAUUGACUCAAAGUAGACAGAUAUCUACAACGAAU